AUGAAUACAAAUGAAAUAAAUUGGCAAAUAUAUUUAAACUAUAUAAAUAAUAAAAAGAAAACAAUAUUGUUUCAUCCGAAAAAAACAUUCUCAUUUAUACAAUUAUCAUUAUUAAGGUGGAACAGUAAUAAUUAUAAUAAUAAUCCAUUCUUAAUUGGUUAUAAAUUAUUAAAAUCUAUUCAUCAUCAAUUGUCAUUAUUUCAUUUCAAUAUUUCAAAUAUAAAUCAAUUACAUUAUCAAUUAAUACAUCAAUUGAUAUUGAUUAUAUUUACUGGUUUUGGAAUUGUGAUACAUCCAUUCUUUUAUAGUCUUGUAGUAAGUGAUCAUCUAUGCAUAGAUAUGUAUGUUUUAAUUUAUUUUUGUGUAUUACAUUUCUAUAGAUAA